CACUAAAGCUUUUAAAACACCUGUAGUUGCGAUUUGGUUCUACAGACAAGCUUCAAAAUAACAGAACAUAACAUUUUUUGUUACAUUACGAUCGUGAAAUUCUAUGCUGAGUUUAAAUUUUUUGCUCUGUUAAUCCAUUGGAGCUACAAGAACAUUCAUGAAGCAUAGAUCCCCAAAACAGGUCGUAAGAUUUCUUCCUACUGUUUCUACUGUUGACAGUUGUUGUUCAAUAAAUUUCUUAACUAUUUAAAAAGAUUAUAUAAACUAUUUAAAUCAUGACACUUAAUGCUCCGACUAAAACUUCUGGUAAACAAGCUUAUAAUGAUCGGGAAAAACCCAAACAAAUUCGUGAUAGCAAUAUUACAGCAGCCAAAGCUGUCUGCGAUGCCAUUCGUACCAGCUUGGGUCCAAGAGGAAUGGACAAAAUGAUCCAAUCUGGCAAUGGGGAUGUAACAAUUACAAAUGAUGGCGCUACUAUCUUGAAGCAGAUGCAGGUGUUGCAUCCCUCAGCGAGAAUGCUGGUUGAUUUGUCAAAAGCUCAAGAUAUUGAAGCUGGUGAUGGAACAACAUCGGUUGUUGUUAUAGCUGGUAGUCUAUUAGAUGCUGCUGCUAAGCUCUUAGACAGAGGUAUUCACCCAACUACCAUAUCAGAAUCAUUUCAACUUGGUGCCCAGCAAGCAGUCGAGAUUUUGAAUGGGAUGGCUAUACCUGUUGAACUAAAUGAUAGAGAAAGUCUGCUUAAAAGUGCUACAACUGCUCUCAGUUCUAAAAUUGUUUCCCAGCAUUCAAUGCUCUUGGCUCCACUUGCUGUCGAUGCUGUAAUGAAAGUGAUUGAUCCAACUGUUGAUACAAAUGUUAAUUUGAAAGAUAUUAAGAUAAUGAAACAGCUUGGAGGCACUGUGGAUGAUAUAGAACUCAUUGAUGGGCUUCUAUUCAAGCAAAGGAGUGCUGGUCUUGGUGGUGUUACUAAAAUAGAGAAAGCAAAAAUUGGACUUAUUCAAUUCUGUGUGUCUCCUCCUAAAACCAACAUGGACAAUAGAGUAGUGGUUUCUGAUUACACCCAGAUGGACAGAGUGUUGAGAGAAGAGCGUACCUAUCUCUUAAAUAUAGUGAAACAAGUUAAGAAGGCCGGCUGUAAUGUAUUACUGAUUCAGAAGUCUAUACUUAGGGAUGCUAUUUCAGACUUAGCUCUUCACUUUUUUGCUAAAAUGAAAAUUAUGGUUAUAAAAGAUAUUGAAAGAGAAGAUAUUGAAUUUGUUUGCAAAAGUUUAAAUUGCAGGCCAAUUGCUAGUUUAGAUCAUUUUGUUCCUGAGGCUCUAGGAUCAGCUGAAUUAGUUCAAGAAUUUUCUGCUGGUGGUGUUAAAUAUGUUAAGGUUACUGGUGUAGCUAAUCCUGGUAAAACUGUGACACUCUUCUUAAGAGGAUCAAACAAUUUAGUUUUAGAAGAAGCUGACAGGUCACUUCAUGAUGCUUUAUGCGUCAUACGAUGCCUUGUUAAGAAAAAGGCUCUGAUUGCUGGUGGUGGUGCUCCUGAAAUUGAACUCUCUUUAAGACUUGCAGAGUAUUCGAGGACCCUUUCAGGGAUGCAGUCCUAUUGUAUAAGAGCGUAUGCAGAUGCCUUUGAUAUCAUUCCCUACACUCUGGCUGAGAAUGCAGGGUUGAAUGCAAUUGCCACUGUCACAGAACUUAGAAACAGGCACGCUAAUGGUGAAAAGAAUGCAGGAAUAAAUGUUCGCAAAGGCUCUGUUACAAAUAUUCUAGAAGAGAAUGUAGUUCAGCCCCUUCUCGUUAGUGUGAGUGCUGUCACCUUGGCCUCAGAGACAGUGGAAACUCUCAUGAAGAUAGAUGAUAUAGUUAAUGUUGUGCGGUAAAGAAGAUGCUACUCUUUGUAACUACAAAUUAAUCACUCAUAUAAACAGACUCUGCUGUGCUUUGUUUUGCUGUUACUCAUAUAAAAAUAUUCUGCGUUUAACGUUUCAUUCUGUAUUGCAAUUUCUAUACUUUUUUGUGCAUUAAAGAAGAACAAAUAUA